AAUAUGACAAGGUAUAAAUACAAUUCCGAUUGUGAUAAAAAGGCCUUCCAACGCCAUAAAAUUGAUAGCUUUUUUUUUUUCUUCUUUCGGUUUCCAGAUUAUUGAAAGGCGAUUUUGAUUUUUGUUGCUGUUCAAUCGAUUUUAGUAACUUGAAUUAUGGGAAAGAGGAAGGCAAAAUCAAAGCCACCUCCAAAGAAGAGGAUGGACAAACUUGAUACUGUUUUCAGCUGUCCUUUCUGUAGCCAUGGCACCAGCGUGGAAUGUCGCAUUGAUAUGAAAAACUUGAUUGGUGAGGCAAAUUGCAGAAUCUGCCAAGAGAGCUUCAGCACCACUGUCACAGCGCUAACAGAACCUAUUGAUAUAUAUAGUGAAUGGAUCGAUGAGUGUGAACGAGUCAACAACUACGAAGAAGAAGACGUUUCUUACAGAUCCUGAUGAACUGCUCAGGACUAUGUGUAGACCGUUGGCAAUAGUUCUGUCUCACUGCCUCAGAAGACUGCGAAACUUAUCCAGGCCUCGCUGGAGUCUAAUAAGUAAACUCCAUUUAAAGAGGCUAUCUAUGUCUAAAUAGUUUGAAAUAGACGCAGGGAACCUAUCUUGUUUAUAUUCUGCUUGUGCAAGUACAACCGUUUCUAUGGAAUCGGAUUAACGACGUAUCUACCUAAUGUCAAGUAGUUUUAUUUCGUCUAAU